GGGGAGAGCUCGGCCUGACAGCCAGUAUGUUAAGUGUAACCAGAUCGGUAUCAGCCCCGAAUUUCAGCGUGCGAUCCCUUGGAUCCUUUGGCCCAAAGACCGAUUACGAGGCGGAUUCCAGCUUGACCGACAGCCAGGUAAUACGGACGUCCUACGUGAGGAGGGAGGAGUAUGUGGAGAGGGGAACUUCGAUCACCAGGAUUCCUGAGAAGCGUGAGCCCUCCCGCUGCCUGUUCCGCACCUACGUCUGCCUGCUGCUGGGCAUCCAGGUGACCCUCGCCUCGCUGCAGUGGCUCGGAUCCACGUACCGCUGGCGCCCCCAACUGAAUCCGGCCAACCGCAGCCUGUCCGUCCUGCUGCUUCUGCUCUCGUGGAUCAACCUUACGCUGGCCUUUAUCGGCUUCCGGCGGCUGCAGUUCACCUUCCCGCUGAACUGGAUCAUAUUCGGCUGCAUCUUCGAGAGCCUCACGCUGCUGGUGGUGUGCCUGCACAUCUUGGAGGGAGACAUCACCUGGCCCUUUGUGCUGAUCGGCAUUGGUGUGCUGGUUGUUUAUACUCUGCUGGGUCUGUGGGUGCCCGGCUUCCUCACCGCCAAUCUCUGGAUCCUCAUCCUGGCCAGCAUCGUGGUCUUUAUCAUCUCCUCCGUGGCCCUGGGCAUUCGCAUGAAUAUGUGCUACUACGUGCCCACCAGCGUCUGCCUGGUGAUCUUUGGACCGUGGGCCAUGUUCAACUCCCAGAAGCUCUUCCUGCCCCGCCAGCGGACCGGCUACUUGUCCCACCAGUACCUGGAAGCUUCCGCCAAAAUGUUCAUCAACUAUGCGUUCACUGUAAGCGGCAUCGUCUUUGCCCAUCGCUUUUCGGUCGACACUUUGGAUGCCCACGAUUAGCUGGGAUCAGGCUGGAUCAGAAUUUAAGGGUUACUGGGCUGGGGCUGAUCUUAUUUGCUUUUAGAUUUUUUUGUAAGUCUUUAAUUAAAUUGUCACGUGUUUAUAUCU